GACUGUUCUUCCGGGAAAAUGGCGACUCCCGCUCGUUCGCCGGAGUCCCCGCCGGCCGCGGAUCCGCCGCCAGCAGCAGGGGCUGCCGAGGACGCCGAGUGCCCGCCGCCUCGCCAGCCUCAGCCCCCGCAGAAUGUUCUCGCUGCCCCGCGGCUUCGAGCCCCAAGCUCCCGAGGACUUGGGGCAGCGGAGUUUGUCGGAGCUGCGGGAAAUGUUGAAGCGCCAGGAGAGACUUUUGCGCAACGUAAAAUUCAUUUGCAAAUUGCCCGACAAAGGUAAAAAGAUCUUAGACUCCGUCGCCAAACUGAAAGCUGCCAUUGCAGAACGUGAAGAAGUUAGAGGAAGAAGUGAACUCUUUCAUCCCAUUAGUGUAGACUGUAAGGAGAGGCAAAAAGCGAUUACAGUUGUUGAUGGGGACACAGAUAAGGCCCGGAAUUCUGACCAGAUACUUGAUACUUCAUCACCAGUUCCUGGCUGUUCCUCUGUAGCUAACAUCACAUCAUCUCAGACAACCUCACAACAACAGGGACUGGCACGUCCGACUCUCGGAGGCGAUGCUGAGGCCCCUGAGGCUGAACACACAGUGAGCGAACGCCCAGCUUCCAGCAUCAGAACUGCCACGCCUUCCUCAUCUGCAGCUAGUGAGCCCCUCACUCAGCAUCGUGCUUCAAGUCAAGUGGAGGAUCAUCCUAGCAGCUCGGACGACCUGUUUAUUGAUAGAUUACAAAGGAUCACCAUUGCAGACCCCGUUGAACACCACUCAGAAGAAAACCAGAGUCCUGAGAACUUGGCUGGCCUUUGCAGUGGGCUGCAGAAGAAGCCUCAUUACAUGGAAGUGCUAGAAAUGCGAGCCAAAAACCCCAUGCCCCUACAGCAUAAAUUUAAAACCAAUGUCUUACCUUCACAUCAACGUGAUUCGUUGAGUCCUUGUCAGAGGAGGGGGUCUCCUGUCUCCUCAGAAGAGAGACGGCACAGGGACAGGAAGCAUCUCGAUGACAUCACAGCAGCCCGGCUUCUGCCACUCCACCACAUGCCUACACAGCUGCUCUCCACAGAAGAGUCGCUGGCACUUCAGAAACAGCAGAAACAGAGUUAUGAGGAGAUGCAAGCCAAGCUCGCAGCACAAAAAUUAGCUGAAAGACUGAAUAUUAAAAUGCAGAGCUAUAAUCCAGAAGGGGAGUCUUUGAGGAAGUACCAAGAAGUAAGGGAUGAAGGCGAUGAUCAGUCCUCCAAUGACGAAUUCUGAAGAUGGGCAUUUGGAUCUUCUCCUAAAUCUCUGCCUGUUGAGAUCUCAUUAUCUUACAUCAAACUUUCUAACAAGUAUCAAGAUCAGUGUCAGACAUGGUUGAGAGAAAGUUUUGUCAAGCUACAACAAGGAAGCUAUAAAAAUAGCCCACUUUCAGAAGUUAACUUUCAUGUGCUUGAAGAGUUUAUUAUUUGAAUAUUGUGUUUAAUCACAUUAUAUUAAACUUUUGCAGUAUGUCGUGUGUUGGUCUGAUAUUUUAGCAUAUAGUAGAGCACAUUUUUUUCUCUAAGCCAAAUGAAAGCAGGUGAUUAACUGCUUUUUUCUUUAUACUUACCUCUACCAAAUAGCAUUUAUUACAUGUCUUUCAGUGAAUUAUUUAGUUGUCCCAGGCAUCACCUAAAAUGAAUUACAAAAAUAUAGUUCUCUCCUUUUUUGAGUAAUGAAGGGAGCAAUCUAGAGAAUUUUGUGCAUGUUGCAUGGGGCUGUUACAGGAUUGGAUGUGAAAUACCAAGGAAGACACUCAUAGAAAAUGCUUAAAACGUUUGUUUCCUUCUGUUUUCCCUUAGGAAAAAUGUUUUCUUUCUUCUGGUUAGGAAUAAGGGGUACUUUUAGUUGACGCUGGAGGGUGGAUGGUCUUUCUAGGUGACCAGAUUUGUCUGGAGUAACAUGAGGAACAGGAAGAGUCUAAGAUGACUGAUGUACGUGAAGGGAGUAGCUGUUCAUAGGCCUGGCCUGACUUGACUUCAUUGUUCUAACAGAUGAUAGGUUCAGUUUGAUAAGAAAACCAAAAAUUUUUUUAAAGCUACCAUUGGUUUGUUAUCAAUAUGUUGCUUUUCCGCCCCCCCCCCGAUGAGGGUUAUGUACACUGCAGAAACCUCAAUCUCAUAUAUAUGCAAUUUUAAAGGACGAUGGUUGUCUCCAGAGAAAUUAACACGUUAUCAAAGUUUUCUUUGUCUAAUAUGUUGGCGCCUUUAAACACUGUUGAAAGAAUAAAAUAUUAAUUAGAGCAACUUCAAAAUGCUAAUAGUGAUGUUUUACUGGUGCUUAAUUAAAUGUAACUUAACUUUAAAGGAGACUUUGUUUAUGAAAUUUGAUCAAGAAUACAUUUAGGCAGAUGUACAUGUGAUAGGAAGGGCUCAGUUCUAUGUCAUGUCCUUCCAGGAAUGGCUACUGUUUUCCAUCUCCCUUUUGCCCUCCUCCCAACAAAAAGCAAGUAGAAAUACGCUGAGCAAACAAUUCCAUUAUUUUUAGUUUUUAAAACUAAUUGUAAAUGAUUUCACAUCCUAAAGUUAUUUGAUGCUCCUUCUUUAUAGAAUGAAUACAUGUUAUUUCUGGAAAGCUGGAUCAUGGGAGGGAUCACAUGCACAUACACACAGUCCCCCUGUAGUCCUACCACUGAGAGGGGGCCUCUGUUAACAUUUGGGUACGUGUACAUACCUUUCUAUGCAUAGCUAUACAAUUCUAUUUUCAAUAAUACAAUCAUACACUGGUUAACAGUCUGCUCUAUACACUGUAAACAUUUUCACAUACUAAAUAUUUUGCAUUUUAGAUAGCUGCAGGAUAUUCCAUUUUAUGGGUGUACUAUAACUUUUAAAAUCAACUUGUUGGUAAGUGAGGAAAACUGAGGAAUAGUAGUAGGUUUCCAUAUCUAGCAAGGGAAGGAAUCAGGCCUCAAACUCAAGCAAUCAUCCAACUCCAAAGCCAAUGCUCUUCACCAAUGAAUGUUUACCCUGAGAAUGACCCCCAGAAGACAAAAUGAUAUCAACAAACUGACUGGAGAGGAACCAAGAUGGCGGAGUAGAAGGAUGUGCUCUCACUCCCUCUUGCAAGAACACCAAAAUCACAACUAGCUGCUGGACAAUCAUCGACAGGAAGACACUGGAACUCACCAAAAAAGAUACCCCACAUCCAAAGACAAAGGAGAAGCCACAAUGAGAUGGUAGGAGGGGCACAAUCACAGUAAAAUCAAAUCCCAUAACUGCUGGGUGGUUGACUCACAGACUGGAGAACACUUAUACCACAGAAGUCCACCCACUGGAGUGAAGGUUCUGAGCCCCACAUCAGCCUUCCCAACAUGGGGGUCUGGCAACGGGGGGAGGAAUUCCUAGAGAAUCAGACUUUGAAGCCUAGUGGGAAUUGACUGCAGGACUUCGACAGGACUGGGGUAACAGAGAAUCCACUCUUGGAGGGCACUCACAAAGUAGUGUGCACAUCGGGACCCAGAGGAAGGAGCAAUGACCCCAGAGGAGACUGAACCAGACCUACCUGCUAGUGUUGGAGGGUCUCCUGCAGAGGCAGGGGUGGCGGCACUGUGGCUCACUGUGGGGACAAGGACACUGGCAGCAGAAGUUCUGGGAAGUACUUGGCGUGAGCCCUCCGAGAGUCUGUCAUUAGCCCCACCAAAGAGCCCAGGUAGGCUCCAGUGUUGGGGUGCCUCAGGCCAAACAACCAACAGGGAGGGAACCCAGCCCCACCCAUCAGCAGACAAGCAGAUUAAAAUUUUACUGAGCUCUGCCCACCAGAGCAACACCCAGCUCUAUCUACCACCAGUCCCUCCCAUCAGGAAGCUUGCACAAGCCUCUUAGAUAGCCUCAUCCACCAGAGGGCAGACAGCAGAAACAAGAAGAACUACAAUCCUGCAGCCUGUGGACAAAAACCACAUUCACAGAAAGAUAGACAAGAUGAAAAGGCAGAGGGCUAUGUACCAGAUGAAGGAACAAGAUAAAACCCCAGAAAAACAACUAAAUGAAGUGGAGAUAGGCAACCUUCCAGAAAAAGAAUUCAAAAUAAUGAUAGUGAAGAUGAUCCAGGACCUUGGAAAAAGAAUGGAGGCAAAGAUUGAGAAGAUGCAAGAAAUGUUUAACAAAGACCUAGAAGAAUUAAAGAACAAACAAACAGAGAUGAACAAUACAAUAACUGAAAUGAAAACUACACUAGAAGGAAUCAAUAGCAGAAUAACUGAGGCAUUAGAACGGAUAAGUGACCUGGAAGACAGAAUAGUGGAAUUCACUGCCACAGAACAGAAUAAAGAAAAAAGAAUGAAAAGAAAUGAAGACAGCCUAAGAGACCUCUGGGACAACAUUAAAUGCAACAACGUUCACAUUAUAGGGGUCCCAGAAGGAGAAGAGAGAGAGGAAGGACCUGAGAAAAUAUCUGAAGAGAUUAUAGUCGAAAACUUCCCUAACAUGGGAAAGGAAAUAGCCACCCAAGUCCAGGAAGCGCAGAGAGUCCCAGGCAGGAUAAACCCAAGGAGAAACAUGCCAAGACACAUAGUUAUCAAAUUGGCAAAAAUUAAAGACAAAAAUUAUUGAAAGCAGCAAGGGAAAAAACGACAAAUAACAUACAAGGGAACUCCCAUAAGGUUAACAGCUGAUUUCUCAGCAGAAACUCUACAAGCCAGAAGGGAGUGGCCUGUGGUAUUUAAAGUGAUGAAAGGGAAGAACCUACAACCAAGAUUACUCUACCUGGCAAGGACCUCAUUCAGAUUCGAUGGAGAAAUCAAAAGCUUUACAGACAAGCAAAAGCUAAGAGAAUUCAGCACCACCAAACCAGCUCUACAACAAAUGCUAAAGGAACUUCUCUAAGUGGGGAACACAAGAGAAGAAAAGGAUCUACAAAAACAAACCCCAAACAAUUAAGAAAAUGGUCAUAGGAACACACAUAUUGAUAAUUACCCUAAACGUGAAUGGAUUAAAUGCUCAAAACAAAAGACACAGGCUUGCUGAAUGGAUAUAAAAACAAGACCCAUCUAUAUGCUGUCUAUAAGAGACCCACUUCAGACCUAGGGACACAUACAGACUCAAAGUGAGGGGAUGGAAAAAGAUAUUCCAUGCAAAUGGAAAUCAAAAGAAAACUGGAGUAGCUAUACUCAUAUCAGAUAAAAUAGACUUUACAAUAAAAAAUGGUACAAGAGACAAGGAAGGACACUACAUAAUGAUCAAGGGAUCAAUCCAAGAAGAA